AUGUCGACCACGGACAAGACGUUUCAUGGCUACAUUGAAACGACUCGAGACUCACUUAUCAUACUCGAAGCCUGUCGACGAGGCCUGUUGCCCCGUGUCAGCCGCAGACUGCAGGAAAAAGAACGCCAGCUCGUUCAAAGUGGGGCUGUCUUUUGCUUUGAUGAACACGAGAGCGGCAUCAAGCGCUGGACCGAUGGCCUGGUCUGGAGCCCUUCACGUAUCCUAGGCAACUUUUUAGUCUAUCGAGAACUGGAUAAGCGGGCGCCCCAGAACGACAGCGCACGCACUCCAUGCCAAAAUCUAACUGAACGCCAACGCGAGCGCGCAUUAGUCGGAUCGCUGACCAACAGCUACCGCUUCAAACGAAACGGCCUGAUCAAAAAAUCCAUGUCCAUCGUCGUCAACGGCGUCCAACAGCAUCUUAUUAGCUACUACAGCAAAGACGACGUCCUCAACGAGCGCCUGCAGACCCCUUCUAACAUGCCCGCAUUGGCACGCCUGGAAAUCUCACCCGAGCUGCUGCUGCGCCAGAAUUUCAGAAUCCCC